AUGCGAUUCACAAACGCUCUCCUGGCCCUCGGCCUUGGCUGCUCAGUCAACGCUCAAAUUCUCUCCGACAUCGUUAAUGCAGGCAACGUUGCCGCUUCAGCCGUAACCGGCGCUUUCGGGGCAACAAGUGCCACCUCAGGCGCUGCUUCAGUCGGUCAAGUCAUCACUUCCGGUGCUGGCGGUGCACUCAACACCGUCACGUCCGGAGCUGCAUCUGUAGGCCAAGUCGUUACUUCGGGCGCAGGUGGUGCAUUUAGCACUGCUACAUCCGGUGCGGGUGGUGCUUUUUCAACUGCAACAUCCGGUGCCGCUGGUGUCGCAACCGGUACCGUUGCCUCGGGUGCCACGGCACUAGCUUCGUCGGCCACGCGUGUGCCUAAUAACGUUGCAAGUGCCGUUUCCUCAGCCACGUCACGAGCAGCUGCUAGUGCCGCUCCUGCUGUCCAGGCAGGCGCCAUGGCCGGUGCGGGUGCCAUUGCUUACUUCUUGCUUUGA